UUCCCCCUCACUAGUCAACCCAAACGGAAUCUCAACAAGCAUAAGUCUUCCGCAUCACAUUCAUUUUGAUUCAUUUCUCUUCAUUGUAUUCCCAUCGUCAUGUCGUUGUCCAAGCCCGAGCGUGUUCAUGAUCUUAUCGCCCAGAAUCCUCGAGUUCGUGUCUGGGUUCAUCCGCUCGAGUGGUCCGAGAUUCACCUUAAACUUCUCAACGCCUCCUUCACUGAAAUUGACACCGACGAGAUCUCUGAGAACCACGAAGACGGGAAAGUUCAGACAUCUGAGACUCAGAAGCCCGCGGUGUCUGACUAUCGAAUCGUCAGACAGUUCGCGCAAACCUCGAUGAAGAGCAAAAACCUCAAGAUUUUGAUCUGUGACAACGGACCUCUUAAGCUCCUCCGACCUCGCGGAUACUUCUGCUUCGGCGAGGAGAAGCCGCUUGAUCUUCAGGGCGCGAUCUUCAACCAACGCGAAGCUGUUCACAAGGACAGUUACGCUGGGGCAUUCGCCUUCAUCCAGGGGAACCUGAUCAGGAACCUCCGUGAAGGACUUUUUCCUCUUCCCAACCGUCUUCGUCAUGACCCUGCCGCCAAGUGGUUAAGAGAACUGCGAGUCAAGAAGAUUGAGCCCCAGGAUCAGUGGCGUGACCCCUACAUCCUUUGUGUCCUUCUCGGGCUUGCUCAGUCUCAGGCAGAGGAUAAAACCUCCCCCAAGUAUCCUUUCGCCGAGGAUCAUAUCUUCAAGACUUGUGCUGCGUUGACUGAUGACAAGAACGAGGACUUCAUGUAUUUUUAUACCGCUGAGUUCUCGGUUGCUUUCGUCAGCAAGUUCGAGUAUCCCCUUGAUCUGAAGAAGCCAAAGGAUGCCAUGUCCUCCGAGCUGUCCAUCGGCAGGAAGCAGAUCCUCUACCGGCCCUACAAGACCUUCCGGGCUCGUUUCCUCGCGGAGAUCUCCUCUGCCCUGUAAGCAGAUGGAGCUACCUGUCGGUUCGGGUAGGCUCCGGGGCUGAGAAUCGAUUCACUAUCGGCCGACUGGGAUGAACAAGUCUCUUUUGAUUUUUUUGUCGGGACGACAACUUCAGUUGAACCAAUUAGUGGCAUCCUACUGACUAUGGAUGCACGAUAUGCAUGGAUACGGCACCACUUUUCUCAUUGCUAAAGCCCAUAUGGAAUUUGUUUAGAACUCUAAAGUUCAAAUAGGUUAUUAUCGGGGAUCCCGAUAGACGAAGGAAGCACCGAACUGCCUAUUCGGUUGCGAUUCAUGUUACAUGCCGUACGCAUUAGUAUUUAAAGACCAUGGCGGAACAUGUAUACCUAGUUACUUUCCACCAGUCUUUAUACAGCUCGUCACUCCAAUACGAAACUCUAAAC